AACCACCACCUCCUUCUCAUAUUCUUACACAUUUCUCAUCUCUCUUAGUGAUCAGACGAGUUAUAAAAACAACAGAGAAUCAAACAAUGGCCGUAUUCUCCGCCUCGUUUCCUCUCCUCCUCCUCUUCCUCUCUGUUUCCUCUCUUUCUGUUAACGGAAACACCGUCGAGUGCUCCGCCGUGAUCCCAACCAUGGCGAAAUGUUUGCCUUUCGUGAUGAUCGGGAGCCAACUGGAUAAACCCGCGACCGAGUGCUGCUCCGUUCUCAAAACCGUGCUCGAAACGAAAGCUGAAUGUCUGUGCGAAGGGUUGAAGAGCAGUGGCGCCUUUGGAAUCACUCUGAACACCACUAAAGCCGCUACUCUUCCCGCUGCUUGCAAACUUAACGCCCCUCCGAUGUCUGCUUGUUCAUCGUCUACUAAACCUCCUGCUAGUGCGCCAGUUCCUGCAGCUGGACCAUCAAAAGGAUUGGGACCAGGUUUGAGCACUGCUCCAGCUCCAAGCCCAUCUCAUAGUAACCAUGGAUCUUCAAUAUCUGUCUUGUCAUUUGCAAUCAGCGGCGCAUUGGUCAUAUUGUUCGCUCGUAUCUAACACCCCUAUACCUUUUCUUUAGUUGAGAGUUGGCUUUUAUCUUGUGAGUAACUAUGGAGUUCUACAGCUUAUUUUUAGCUAUGACAUUAUCAAGACUUGGUUUUAAUGUGUGCUCUGUCACGCAUUUGUUGUUUUUAUUUAUUUGAAUUGAGCGGUUAUUAUUUAUAAGAUUGUGUUACAUUGGA